AUGCUGGAUGCUUUGAAGCUAAAAUACCGCCAGGUUCGGUUCAAUGUUCGCUUUGCAAUUGCUGACUAUAAGCAACGGUAUUACACUAAUUCCAAGAAUUCUCGAGUGAUUCAUACCAAGCUUCAAAAUCAACCGCUUAUUACCCUUCGGACUGAACCACACGAUAAAUACUUGCAUUCGCCAGGAGAGUUUCUCAAAGUGCCAGAAGAGACCGAAAACAAGGAACAGGUGGAUUUCUUUGACUCCCAGAGUAAUAUGGAUGCUCAUUCGGUGAUGGUUCCGAAUGUAAUUGCAACUGAAAAUAAGUGGAAUAUUACCUCAAUGCUAGGAAAAUUUGCUGCUCUAAUGCCAGUUGUGACCAAGGAGAAUGUAGAGCAUGUCAAGGAGGAUGGAAAGAAGGAAGAAGUGUUGGAAUCAGAUGCCUUGAUUGGUGUCUUGGAAUCACAACCAAUGGCAGUUAAUGUGAAUGUGAGCGAAGAUCAUGAAAAAUUGGCAUGGAAAAGCAUUCUCAAUGACGCUUCUCUUUCCGCUGCCAGGAUCUCCGUCGGAAUUGAUGUCCCUCAGCUGAGAGACUCAUACAUCAACUUGGCGGCCGACUUGACUGCUGCAAAGGCAAUUUGCAGCCAUUCUGACCUGCCACAAAAAACCGCCAGAAAGCUUCAAAAUGAACCAUUCAACUCGGUACUGUCUCGAAAGAGCGCCUACUAUGGUAUUUUGUCUCUUUACAAUGAAGUUGAGUCCGAUAUGGAGAGCCAGAAAUAG